AGUGACAAAGUCCACACUUGAGAGAGAGAGAGAGAGAGAGAGAGUAUGUACGGUUUCGGUUUAUGUUCGAAGUCUGCUCGUCAUUUUCAAGCUGACACAGGGAUAGGUCAUCUCCAUCAACAUUUUUCAGACCCUUUUUAUUGUGCUGUUCUACAUCCUGCGAGCGCUCCAGAAUUGCUAAUCCUACGAAACCAAAUUCCACUUGAAAAUUGCUAGAUUCCUCCACAGUCCACAGUCCACAGAAGUACAGGCUCAAACUUCAAAGCCAAAAAAAAAAAAAAAAUUCUCGUGGUUUGCCCGCGGUUGUUUCUUCUUUCUCCUCCACGAGCUAAAACAUCAUUACUGUUACAGCUCUGAACUUUUUGCGUCGCCUUCAGGACUGCCGGUCAUGUGUUGUGUGGUCUCUUCCAUGAAAACCCACUUCUGAGUACGAAGAAUAUCCAACCUGUCUUUUUUUCACGUCUAUGUUUGCCCUGCCUUCUUGCCAAUUCGCAGCUUCAAAAUCAAUCGUUUGAUAAUCCCAAUUUAGAUCCUCUAAAUCCCAGUCAAGUUCAAGUCUCAGAACUCAGAAUCUAUUUUCCACCCUUACAACACGUUUUAAAUCUCCUUACAAAACCAUGAUUCACCAAUUCCUCGAAAGUCCGUAACUUUUGAGCUUAAAUUUAAUCGUUUUUUUGUUGUUUCUAUUCUUGAAUACUCAAUUCAUUCGCCCUCUGAAACUCAAUCGGAUUCUCCUCCGGAUCGAAAACCCAACUCACCAAAUCCCCCAAAAAGCGAUCCUUUCUGUUUACUCCUUCCAAUACGUUUUGCAACGUACAAAGGGUUAGAAGCUCUGGUUCUUUUGGUCUCAAUUUGAAAAUGCAAGACCCAGCAAUAUUCCAACCCACCAAACCGCAUUUCCCAGAGCAAGAGCAACUCAAAUGCCCGCGCUGUGAUUCCUCAAACACCAAGUUCUGCUACUACAACAACUAUAACCUUUCACAGCCACGCCACUUUUGCAAGAACUGUAGGAGGUACUGGACCAAAGGCGGUGCUCUGAGAAACAUCCCAGUGGGUGGUGGAACCCGCAAGAACACAAAGCGGGCAUCAAACCCAAAACGCUCUUCAUCAUCAGCAACAUCGAAUUCGGUGGUGCAGAACACGGGUCCGGAGCAUGACCCAAACCGGAUUUAUGGUGCUACUGUAGGGGAUCAGGACCGUCGGAUUCUGGAUAUCUCAGGGAGCUUUAGUUCUCUUCUGACAUCAACUGGGCAGUUUGGAAGUCUUCUGGAGGGUCUGAACCCCAAUGGGUCCGGUGUGAAAAUGUUGCAAUUGGAUGACUUUGCAGAGAAUUUGAAUUCGGGCCAUGUGUUGGAAACGAGUUCUGUUCGAGACCCGGGAAUGGACAUGAAGAGGGAUAGCAAUUCAGAGAGUUAUGUAGGUUUGCAGAGUGGCGAUUCAAGCUGUUGGACUGGUGGUAAUGGGUGGCCCGAUCUUGCCAUUUACACUCCAGGUUCAAGUUUUCAGUAGAGAAAAGAGAGUUUAGUGUCUUUUAUUUAAUUUAUUUUUCUACUUAGAAACUAGGGAUAUGGUUAAACAGAGGAGCGUGAAUAAGGCUGGCUUAUUGUAGCAUUUUCUAAUGCUAUUGAGGGUGACAUACAACACUAGCAUCCUUUUGUAGGGAAAUGGUUCCUUUUGCUGUUUCUGUGUGGUUUUUGUUUCUAUGCCCUGUAUGAGUGAAAAGAGACAAGAAGAAAAUGAUAACUACUUAGUAUUAUUUCU